CAGGAAUUGACUCUGUUGUCGGACGAUUUAACCCUUGAUGAAGUAAUAGAGGAACACGAAGUGAAGACGGCUCCUCUCUUCACUAGAGACGCAUUUCUCCAAGCUGGUUUGGCCGACGAGCACAGCCAGUACGGUGUGCUAGGACGUAUUAUAUCUAUCCACCAAUCAUCAGGCUCGCAAAAGCCAGCAGAAUCUCGUCUCUAUGUCAAUACGAAUGCCCCGUUCUCGGCUUUAGUUUGUGGCGUCCAAGGCUCGGGAAAGUCACAUACAGUCUCGGUAAUGCUGGAGAACAUGCUAUACUCGGGUUGCUCUAGCAUCGGCUCUUGUAAAGAGGCACUUUCAGGACUCGUACUGCACUUCAGCGAAGGCGGUUCCGGUGCGCAGCCUUGCGAGGCGGCCUGGAUCGGCUGCCCCAAAGGAGAAGACGUUAAUUCACCACCCGUCCAUGUCUAUGUAUCGCAUUCUUCCUACGCCACUAUGAAGCAAGUGUAUGCUCCUCUCGCAAACGUAGAGGUCAGCCCGCUGCACUUCCUAGAGACGGAAUUGGAUGCCCAGGCGAUUCUGUCUAUGAUGGCUCUGGGUUCGUCGGAAUCCGCACCCUUGUAUAUGCAUUCUAUCCUGUCGAUCCUUCGCGAGCUUGGCGAAGGAUUUACAUACAGGGGGUUCCUAUCUGAGAUCGAUAAAGCGAAGAAAGACAUGAACCCGGCUCAGAAAGCCAUGCUCAGUCAGAGGCUUGCGCUUUUGGACUCUUUUGUUCUGCCAGAGCAGGGACGCAAAAAGUCGUUGUUCCGGAAUGGGCAGUUGACAGUUGUUGACCUCUCCGACCCCUUCAUCGACCCCACAAGUGCAUGUUCACUGUUCGAGAUUGUGACGCGUCUUUUUGUGCGAUCUAAAACGAACGCCGGGAAGUUUCUCGUUGUGGACGAAGCUCACAAGUAUCUUUCUGCCAAUCGCGGGGAUACCGCCCUGACGAAGGCUCUGACGUCUCUCGUCCGUCAGCAGCGUCACCUUGCUAUGCGCGUCGUCAUCAGUACCCAAGAGCCGACCGCAGUACCUCCAGUACUUAUGGAUCUGGUCAGCAUUGCCAUAUUCCAUCGGUUCUCAUCACCAGCCUGGUGGGAAGCCGUCGCGAAGCGUGUAUGCGCCGACGUCUCCGCCGCUCAGGGGUUCGAGCAAGUAGUAAAGCUCAAGACAGGCCAAGCACUCGUGUUGUGCCCCAGCGGUCUCGGCCUCUUCACCACCACGAGGAGGACCCCGUCGGGAGCCGUGGUGCAUGGGAAGCCACAGGUCGCUCACUUUGGGCAGCGCUAUAUGCUUAUGAAGACACGGCGUAAGAUUACAGUUGACGGCGGAGCAUCCAUUAUGGCGCUGAAUGGGUGAAUCACCCUGUGAGGAUCUGAUGGAGACUUUGCUCCCCCCUCCUUUUGUUCUUCGUACUAGUAUAUCUUCUAUAUCCUCCGAU